CUAGCUGGGCAAUACCCUCUCUAUCCUCUCUGUGUAGUCAGUGUGCACUUCCCUUUGGGGGUUUUGCUCUAGCAGCCUAGCUAUGCCUGUGGACUUCAGCGGCACCUGGAACCUUGUGAGCAGUGACAAUUUUGAAGGUUACAUGCUGGCUUUGGGUAUUGACUUUGCAACUCGCAAGAUAGCAAAAAUGCUGAAGCCGCAGAAGGUGAUUGAACAGGAAGGUGAUUCAUUCUCCAUCCAAACCACCAGCACUUUCAGAAGUUACUUUGUCCAAUUCAAAAUUGGAGAGGAGUUUGAAGAAGACAAUAAAGGCCUAGAUCAUAGAAAAUGCAAGAGUGUGGUUACCUGGGACAAUGACAAGCUUGUUUGUGUCCAGACUGGUGACAAGAAAAACAGGGGCUGGACUCAUUGGAUUGAAGGAGAUCAGCUAUAUCUGGAGCUCCGCUGUGAGGACCAAGUAUGCAAACAGGUUUACAAGAGAGCUUGACUGAGUCCAGCCUUGACUGACACUUGAAAAGCACAUCUCUACAGAGCAGACCUCAUGGAACUUAUUUCUACAUGUCUGUAGGUCAAUACUAAGCAUCUCUUGAUCAGGCAUGUCUAUUUUUGUACUUGAUCAGGAGAAGAUGUAACUGCCUGCACCUGUGUUGCAGUUCUGCUCUUAAUAAACACUUGAAAACAA